GCAUACAUACUUCCCGUUCGUAUGGUGAUUGGACCGCUGAAACACGAACGAAAAUCUUUAUUGUACAAAAGUUGAGAAGGAGCUUGAGAAUUUGCAAACAUGAUACGAGUCUUUUUCUAAGCUUUCAUCAAUUUAAUGUUGGUGCAGAAUGUUUUGGCGAUUCCUUUUCUUCUAUCACGUUUGUCUGCUCGUAUUAUGUAAUGCAACAUCAUCCCCAAGGAAGGACCUAGUCAUAAUACUGGACUGCUCUAAAAGCAUUUCAAGAAAUACUUUCAGUCAUGACAUUAAUUUCCUGAAAAACCUUGUCAAUCAUCUAAGCAUAUCACCAAGCUCUGUUAGAGUAGCAAUGGUUACAUUCGCCUCAAAAGCAAAGAUCGAGUUUAAUUUCGAACAAUAUGUGAACAGAGAAUGCGUACUAAAGAGACUCAAGAAAAUUCAAAGAAGACCAAGAAAGGGAAGGACAAAUAUUGAUGCUGCUCUGCGCAAAGCUGUCUACCUGUUCAACUCUUACCAAGGAUUCGCAAAAGAUAAAGAAAUUUAUUUGAUAUCAGACGGGAAAUUCAACGAGGGAAAGUAUCCUGAUGAAAGCCUGAAGACUUUGAACAAGCUUGGCGUUAAAAUUCAAGUGUUGGCUGUCGGGAAAAAUCCAGAUUUCAAGGAACUUCGUGCGAUUGCAAGCAUUUCUGGUGAAGAUCAUUUUACCAGGCUGAAAAAUGAUAGAAAAACACACAAAAAUAUUAUUUUCAAGCUGGCUCAUCGGAAAGAGCCUUAUACUAAGUGCAAAAGACGUGGAACGAUACUUGACGAGUGCAAUCGUGAAUGCCAAUGCUCUAAUGGUUUUAUGAAAAAUUGUCAACGAGUCAGACGAGAAUUUACAACAUUUACAGACGAGGAGAAAAAACGAUACUUGCAGGCCUACUUCAAAAUAACAACUGUGGAGCCACUGAAAUCGAGAUUUAUAAAAUUUAUCCGGAAACACGCAGUUUAUUUUUGGUCAGGUAUUCACAAGCGGUAUCAGUUCUUCCCAUGGCAUCGUUGGUACGUUUACCAAUUUGAGAAUUUGAUGCGGGAAGUUGAUUGCAGAAUCACUGUCCCUUUUUGGGACUGGAGUUACUGGAGCCCAGUUGCUUGGAAAGUUGGAGUGCACAUCUGGACGAAUGACGAAUACGGUUUUGGAGGUGACGGCAAAGAAUCUAGGCAGUAUUGCGUUCAAACCGGCCCCUUCAACGAAUCAGCGUGGUCCCAUCCGGCAACUGAAAAGGUAAAGCGUGUUAUGAGCUCAAUAAUGGAAGUAACCGGCCAAUGCCAAACUCCUGUCUCUAAUACCACGCAUUACAAACGAUGUUUACGGAGAAGCUUUAAUAAAGUAUGCCCCAACGUUGCUCAUGUCUUGCAGACGAUUGGAAUUCCAUGCACAGAUUUCAAACGCUUUGACUAUACUGUGAGGGAAACCUAUCAUAAUGACCUGCACAAUCAAAUCGGUGGUCAGAUGUCGUCGGAAUACGCGGCUAAUGCGCCUGAAUUCUUUCUUCAUCACGGUUUGCUCGAUAAUAUCUGGUAUCGGUGGCAGAUGAAAGGCCCUGCUUGUCAAUUUGCAUACUUCCCGAAGAACGUAUCCAAAUUGCUAGACGCCCCUUUUAAGACAACAGACUUUGUGAAUUCAAGCAAUCAAGGCCAUUGUGUGAGUGUUAGGUAUGACAAAUUUCUGGACCGUGUCAUUCCGGUUGGUGCGGAUGUGGGAAAACCAUCCCUCCCAGAUUCGUAUCUGUGCUUCAAAGAUGCAAAAUCAAAAGAUGAAAUGCCAAAGUCAGCGUUUACAUUGCUCAAAGAACAAAUGAGGAAUGAAAAAGACGAUGACUGAUGUCUUUUACUUUGCAAAACUUAGUAAUGUAUCACUGCAUCUCACUAAGUGUUAGGACUUUUUUGAAUUGAACCCUGUAUACGCGAAAGCAAAAUGUUCCAUUUGGGUAGGAUCCCAAGCUGAUACGGAUCUGCUUGUGUUUACACGAGAACGGCUUUAUCUGAUCCAGUGUGGAUUUUAUAAUCUCGCGUUUGGAUUUGCAUGCUCUUAGAUCUUUGAUCAUCACUGAGCGGAGUUGGUGUAACUGCAUCAUUAUUUCAAUCAAGAUGGACCCGUUUCCGUGUAAACACCAGCGCAAGACUAUGAGGCCGAUCCCAUCUGGAUGGGUUCCGAUCUCGGGGGGGGGGGGUACCUUAACAUGUUUAAAGGUACGGUGACGUGCCAUUACUUAGGGGUACUGUUUUUCUAUAAAAUGCGGGCGGAAUUAUCGGUAUCAGUUUUUGAAUUACGUGCUGAACUGUGGGUACCAUUUGAAGAAACAUGCAGAAUUAUGGGUACCAUUUUGGGGUAACAUUGCAAAAUUAUUAGGGGGGAGGUUUAGCAUUAACAAAUUGAAUUUCCUAUUAGAAAUAAAAGUAUAAAAUAUGUGUAAUAUUAAUGAUUUUUAUAUGCUUUAAAUUUGGUUGGUUUAUGAUUUGGUUGAUGAUUUUUAUGUGCUUUAAAUAUUUUAUUUGCUCUGCAGAAUUAUGUGUAUAUUUUUUCAUCAUGUUUGCCGAAUUUUUGGUCACAUUUUUCGGACAUUCACGGAAUUAUGGGCCCAAAAUUUUGGCCAAAAUGGCACGUCCCCGUCCAAAAUUAGGCAUAGUUUACCCCCCGAGGUUCUGAUCCAGUUAGAAUUCGUUCCGAUCCAGAUAGGCAUGGAUCUGAUCCCAUUUGGAUUGGAUCCGAUCCAGUUAAGCUUGGAUCGGGCCCGAUGGGAUGGGUUCCGAUCCAGUUAGGCUUUGAUCCGAUCCUGCUUUAAUUGGAUGCAGUCCAGUCUGGAUUGGUUCCGAUCCCGUCAGGAUGGGUUCCGAUCCCGUUUGGAAUGGAUCCGAUCCAGUAAGGCUUUGAUCCGAUCCUGCUUAAAUUGGAUGCAGUCCAGUCUGGAUGGGUUCCGAUCCCGUCAGGAUGGGUUCCGAUCCCGUUUGGAAUGGAUCCGAUCCAGUAAGGCUUUGAUCCGAUCCUGCUUAAAUUGGAUGCAGUCCAGUCUGGAUGGGUUCCGAUCCCGUCAGGAUGGGUUCCGAUCCCGUUUGGAAUGGAUCCGAUCCAGUAAGGCUUUGAUCCGAUCCUGCUUAAAUUGGAUGCAGUCCAGUCUGGAUGGGUUCCGAUCCCGUCAGGAUGGGUUCCGAUCCCGUUUGGAAUGGAUCCGAUCCAGUAAGGCUUUGAUCCGAUCCUGCUUAAAUUGGAUGCAGUCCAGUCUGGAUGGGUUCCGAUCCCGUCAGGAUGGGUUCCGAUCCCGUUUGGAAUGGAUCCGAUCCAGUAAGGCUUUGAUCCGAUCCUGCUUAAAUUGGAUGCAGUCCAGUUUGGAUUGGUUCCGAUCUAGUUUGGAAUGAAUCCGAUCAAGUUAGGCUUUAAUCCAAUCCCGUUAGGAUUUGAUCCGAUCCCGUUUAGAUUGGAUCUAAAGAGAACUGAGCCACUUUCGCUCGUUUAAAUGCUAAUCUCGUCUUUAGUUUAAGUUUAUAGGCCUUCUAAUUGCUAUGACUUUUUAAAACUAUUUAGGUGAGUUUUCUGCUGGCAGAUAUUUGCAAUUGCCAUAUUUAUAAUGCAAAAGAUGAAAUAUGUCUUUGCUUAUCGUUUUGUAUUUUUUUAGAAUUGUUGAGUAGAAGAUAUAAACAAAGAUGCAGCCCCCUUGUCAAAAUUUAAGAAAAAAGUAUGGAGGCUAAGCUAUUUCAAAAUUGAUUUUUCUAUAUUUGCAAACUAUGAAUACUUCCCAAGUCCACUGAAUAACAGUUUUGCAUGGCAUUUUAGCAGAAAGUUCUUCCUCUUCGAUGCCAUAAAUAUUUUAGAUGCAUUUUUGCCAUUCUUAGAAUGUCAUGUCCAGUGCAUUUUUUAACAUUCUCAGUUGAAGGGAAUUGCCCCACCAGGCCCUGCGACUUUCCUAGGAACCGCGGAGCGUUGAGAAAAGUGGACGGCGGGAUUAAAACCGUAUGAAAAGAGGCUUUUCUGGUAGUUUGAUAUUAAAUAUUUGGCAUUUUUUGCAAAAAGUGGGCUAAAGCCCCCCAGCUCCCCCCUGCCUCGCGAUUCCUGUUCCCCCACCAUUGACGGGCAAAAUGUUACUGUUACCCCAAAUUUCUAGACCACAAACAUAAUGCAGGUGUUCUGGUAAAAGUCCUGGUAAACAGAAAAAGGAUGUUCUCUUUUAUAUUAACGUGAUGUUUUGGCCAAAUAGCUCCACUACUGCAAGAGCAUAAGGACAGUGCAAGUGUAAGAAUACAUAUUAACCAAAUUGUUUUAUGCAAUAUGUGAGAAACAGCCAGGGCCACAGAGAGGGUUUGGCGUGAGGGGCAAAUCACUCUAAAAAAAAUCUCGUACACCUUUUGUAAAAAUCCUAUUGUUUUAUCUGAAAAUCUCCAAAAAUCCUUUUGUUUUAGGCAAAAUCUCGUACGCUAUUUGCAAGAGUGAAUCGCCACUCGGUUUGGCGUACCUGGGGCAAAGAAGAGGCCCCCUGCAAAAGGAAGCGAAUAGAAAUAUUUUGCAACCAUGUCCUUUAAGAUUAGCUUAAAUUCGUUGAUUUUCUUGCAAUCGUUUGAAAUGUUUUUAGAUAGUAUUCUGCUAAUUUUAAUUAAUUCCAUUUCAAAACAAAAUUAAUUACUUUGUGAGUCCCCCUUGAUCUCCUGGCCCAGGGCCCACGCCGGGAGCCCACAAAAAAUGUGGGGCCUCAAGAAAUUUUCGGAUGUUUCAUAGGGUUUCUUAUUUACGAAUAGCAUUGUCUCCACAAGGUGGGACAGGUAUGAUAGAGUUUUUAGAAAGAUUCAUGGAAUGAUCAGUCCCAAUUGAUUCAUGAUAAUAAGGGUUGGUGUAAUAUUCCUGGCUAGCGAAUUUUCACAGGAAGAUUCUACAGACAUGAGUAAAUGGAGACGUUAAGGACACAUAUAUAUCGAGCAAAAAUCGAUCAGACGUUAAGGACACAUAUAUAAUAGAAAAUCGAGCAAAAUUCACUUUUUUUAUAUACAUAGUAAUAAAUGUAUUUAUUCGACUCAUCAAUUGAGUUUUUGUAGCUACAGAGACAAAGCUUUAAGCUUUCUAUUAAUUCUUCAAUUACUCAUGAAAUAUUUUCUUCUCGGCUUCUACAAAUAAAAUGUUCAGACUUUUUAAAAGGGAGGUCUUGUCUAUUCUUGGGCCUGGGGGCCCUAAGAAUGAUAGUGCGACCCUGUCUUCGCCCUAUGGCAAUU